AUGUGGGAAUUCCAGCCUUGCGUCCAAUAUGCUUAUGCGUUCUUGAUAGCACGCAUGUGGGUAGAGUGCGUGUUCAGUGGUGUGGGUGAAGGUUGUCGGCUACAAAUAUCGCCUGGGUCAUCAAAGUAUUGGUGGCCACAAUGUGAUGAUGGGAGUAAGCCAGUCAUAGGUCAGACUUUUAAAACUCUAACGGAGGGUGAGGAAUUCUAUAUAAAGUAUGCUGCUCUUGUGGGGUUUGAUGUUAGGUGUGGUUCACUGAAGAAGGAUAGGGGUGGGGAGGUGAUUUUGAGGCAUUUGCUUUGUAAUCGCGAGGGAUAUAAGUCUGUCUCGGGUGGCACACCCAAUGCGGGGGGGCAUGGGGUUUACGAUGAUAGUCGCCCGGUGACUCAAAAGCGUCGUAGAGUUUCCAAUAGGGUGGGGUGUAAGGCCAGGAUCGUAUUUAAAAAUGACCAAACCAGGGGGUAUUGGGUCUUUUCCUUUGAGGAGAGGCACACUCAUGUGUUGUGUACUCCUCUGUCUAGGCAGUUCAUGAAAGUGAACCGCAAACUUGAUUUUGGCCACCAGGCGUUCAUGGCUAAUUGCGCAAAGGCAAACGUGGGGACAAGUCAGGGUGUUAGGCUUUUAAGUGAGUUUGUGGGUGGAUAUGAAAAUGUUGGGGCAACUAGUGUUGAUUUCCAGAACUCAAAACGCGACCUACGUGCGUAUAUUGAGGGGUGUGAUGCGCAGUAUUUACUUGAUAAGUUGUCGAGGAAAAAUGAGAAGUGUGCCGUGUUUUAUUAUAAGCAUGACAUUGAUGAGAACGACCAAUUACGACGUGUGUUCUGGGCUGAUCCGGUAGCUCGUCGCAACCACACGGUGUUUGGCGACAUUGUGUCCUUCGAUGCAACGUACUCGACGAAUAGGUACAAAAUGGUUUUCGUACCCUUCACAGGUGUGGAUAACCACAAGCGGUGCGUUACUUUUGGUGCGGCGCUGAUCACCAAAGAGGAUGUCGCGUCAUAUGUUUGGGUGCUGGAGACUUACAAGGAGGCAAUGGGUGAUGCCCCAUCAUGUUUUGUCACAGACCAGGACCCUGCUAUGAGGAUUGCUCUAGCAGAAGUUUACCCAACUACUCGGCACCGGUUUUGCAUGUGGCAUAUUAUGAUGAAGGUAGGCGAAAAGGUUGGUCCGGAGUUGUCUAAGGAUGGGGUCUUUCGGGGCAAGCUAAAUGCUAUUGUUUGGGAUGAAAUUCAACAGCCCGAUGUGUUUGAGACUAGGUGGCAAGCGUUGCUUGGUGAGUAUGGCUUGUUAGAUCAUAAUUGGUUCACACAGUUGUGGGAGGCACGUCGAUAUUGGAUCCCCGCCUAUUUCAAGGAUAUGAUACUCAGUGGGCUAGUUAGAACCACGUCCCGAUCCGAGGGCGAGAACAGUUUCUUUGGAAGGUAUUUAACCCAUACCUCCAGUUUGGUGGAGUUUUACAGUCACUUCGAAUCUGCAGUAGAUGCACAACGUCAGAUCCAUACCAUGCUAAAUGCGGUGUGUGAAGGUCAUUUUGCACCGACACAAACGGACUUGAAAAUGGAACGUCAUGCGUUGGCCGUGUACACCGUCACAAUUUUCCGCGAGGUCCAAGCUGAAAUUUAUGCAGGUUGUUAUUCGUGUGGGGUAGUGUCCGUUGAUGGUGCUGGUGAUGUCAUCAAUUAUGGCAUAAAAGAGAGUGAAAACCAACAGUUCCAAGUGCACUACAACUCCAGUGACAGUAGCGCAACGUGCACGUGCUCACUUUUCCAGCGGUUAGGAUGGUUGUGCCGCCACAUUUUCUUAGUUUUCAAAAACAACCACGUAGAUAACAUCCCAUCAAGAUACAUAGUAGACCGCUGGACUCGCAAGGUUUGUUUGCGCGCGGAGUUUCAGUACGAUGGUCUUACUAUACAAUCAAAUGUCAACGACGAUGAAAGCAAGACUCAGGAGAACAAAAUGUGGGCAGAGAUCUUCGCAUGUGUGGGGUUGGCGAUUACCAGCUCAGAACGUGUUGAACGGUUAACCCAAGUGAUCCACCAGCUAAAGGAUUCUUUCGUGGGGGAAACCAAUGGCCCAGUACACCACACAAAAAAUAAUCCAAUGAUUCAAUCAUAUUGUGGAUCGGAACCGGUUUUGGCAGUGACAGUCAAGCCCCCAAAUGUUGCAAAAAACAAAGGUAGUGGAAAGAGGUUCAAAGGGAAAAGGGAAAAAGCCAUUGAGCAGUCUUUGAAGGGGACAUGGAAUGAGUUGGGGCCCGGGACCUGA